AUGCUUCCGACCGCCUUCGUCCCUCUGAGCGGUCCUCCUGGUCAUCGAGUUCCGGCCCGAGCGCUGAUCGACGCGUGCUCCAAGGUCACCGUCAUCUCUGCGACUCUCGUGCGCCUGGUCUGCGCACGACUAGAAACCAUCAAAGCCAGCAUCUCCGGCGUCGGUGGCAAGUCCGCCGUCCAGUCCAGAGUCCGGGCCCAUCUCCGCCUCGAGCUUAUAGGGCCCGCACCAUCGGUCGCGCUGACAGCGCUGUGUUUGCCCAGGCUCGGCCUGGUAUCCCUCUCCACCCCGCUGCACCCGGAGGCGAUCCGGCAGUGGGCUGACUGCGAGGGCCUCGCCAAUCCUUCGUUUGGCAUGCCACAACGCGUCGACCUCCUCAUUGGCACCGACUACUACCACUUGCUGCUACGACCCAGCUACACUCAACGAGAAGAAAUCGUCGGGCAGCGCACAGUCUUCGGCUGGGUAUUGGCAGGCCCUGCCGUCGGGCUUGCUCCAGGUACAUCAGCCGUCUGUGCAGCCGCCCAAUCCGACGUGGCUCCACCUUGGCACAACGAGCUGACCGCUCUGCUACAGCGGUUCUGGGACAUGGAGGAUUUUCCUCAGGCUCACUGCCGCUCAGAUGAGGACAUCGAGUGCGAGCGUGCGUUCGCAGACCACCGAUGCGUCGUGGACGGACGGUAA